AUGGUGAUAGGGUUGAAAACGGGUCGGCAGAUCUGAUGAUAAGGAAGGAGGAAUUAAAAGAUGAAGGUUUUGGUGAGAAGAAAGAAGUGGGAGUAGUGGAGUCUGUUGAGAUGAUCUUCAAGGACAAGGAAGUUCCGCCAUGGCAAAACCAGUUGACAGUCAGAGCUUUUGUGGUGAGCCUGGGAUUGGGGGUGUUGUUCACGGUGAUUGUGAUGAAGUUCAACCUCACCACCGGAAUCAUUCCUUCGCUUAACGUGUCGGCCGGGCUGCUGGGGUUCUUCUUUGUGAAGACGUGGACGGCGUUCUUGGAGAGAACUGGGAUGCUGAAACAGCCGUUUACCAGGCAGGAGAAUACUGUUAUUCAGACCUGUGUUGUUGCCACCUCUGGUAUCGCUUUUAGUGGGGGUUUCGGGUCAUAUCUCUUUGGCAUGAGUGAAUCAGUUGCCAAACAGUCAUCAGAAGCAUUGGAUGCUCAGAACAUCAAAAACCCACACUUGGGAUGGAUGAUUGGGUUUCUGUUCAUCGUUAGUUUUCUUGGCCUGUUUUCUGUGGUGCCUCUUCGCAAGAUAAUGGUUAUAGACUUCAAAUUGAUAUAUCCAAGUGGCACUGCAACUGCUCACCUUAUAAACAGUUUUCAUACUCCUCAAGGAGCAAAGCUAGCCAAGAAACAGGUUAGAGCAUUGGGCAAGUUCUUCUCCUUCAGCUUUUUGUGGGGUUUCUUCCAGUGGUUCUUUACUGCAGGAGAGGAUUGUGGAUUCGAUUCCUUCCCAACUUUCGGCCUCAAAGCUUAUGCAAACAGGUUUUACUUUGAUUUCUCAGCAACAUAUGUUGGUGUGGGAAUGAUUUGCCCAUAUAUAAUCAACAUCUCGGUGUUACUUGGAGCAAUUCUUUCUUGGGGUAUAAUGUGGCCUCUUAUCCAGAACAGAAAAGGUGAUUGGUAUACUGAACCUAGCAACACCAGCCUCCAUGGCAUCCAAGGUUACAGGGUUUUCAUCGCAAUAUCAAUGAUUCUCGGAGAUGGACUUUACAAUUUCUUCAAAGUUCUGAGCAGAACGCUGAUUGCCUUGUCUGCUCAACUCAAGAACAAGGGCCCCGGCGGCGUAAUCCCAGUCACCAACAGCCCUUCCUCCGGCGACCCAGACGCGGCUCCCUCGUUCGACGAUCAGCGCAGAACUCAGGUUUUCCUCAAGGACCAAAUCCCGACCUGGCUCGCGUUUGGCGGCUACGUCGCAAUCGCCGCGGUUUCCGCUGCAACUCUGCCUAAGCUAUUUCCGCAGCUGAAAUGGUACUAUAUUUUGGUCAUUUACAUCGUCGCGCCGGCGCUUGCGUUCUGUAACGCCUACGGCUGCGGGCUGACCGACUGGUCCCUGGCCUCCACUUACGGGAAACUGGCGAUUUUCACGAUCGGGGCGUGGGCGGGUAAGUCGCACGGCGGGGUUUUGGCAGGAUUAGCGGCCUGCGGGGUUAUGAUGAACAUCGUUUCGACAGCUUCCGACUUGAUGCAAGAUUUCAAGACCGGGUACAUGACACUGGCGUCACCGCGGUCAAUGUUCGUAAGCCAAGUGAUCGGAACCGCGAUGGGCUGCGUGCUCGCGCCGUCCGUCUUCUGGCUAUUUUACAACGCCUUCCCCAACCUGGGCGACCCGGACUCGCAAUACCCGGCGCCGUUCGCCUUGGCGUACAGGAACAUGGCCAUCUUGGGCGUGGACGGCUUCUCUUCGCUCCCCAAAUACUGCCUCCUCCUCUGCUGCAUCUUCUUCUUCGGCGCCAUGGCCAUCAACGCCGUCAAGGAUUUCAUGCCGACCAAGUGGUCGCGCUUCAUCCCUCUCCCCAUGGCAAUGGCGAUCCCGUUCUACAUCGGCUCUUAUUUCGCCAUCGACAUGUGCCUUGGAAGCUUGAUACUUUUCGUGUGGGAGAUAACGGAUAAGGCUAAAGCUGCGGCGUUUGCUCCCGCGGUGGCUUCUGGGUUGAUCUGUGGGGAUGGGCUUUGGUCGGUUCCUAGCUCGAUUUUAGCGUUGGCGGGGGUGAAACCGCCGAUUUGUAUGAAGUUUUUGUCGAGGGGAACGAAUAGCGACGUUGACAAGUUUUUAGGUGGCAGAUAAUUAAUUCAUCAUCGGUCUAUAAAUAAAAGUUUGUGUUUUAGUUUAAUUUCCAAAUGUAAGUAAACAAUAUGUGUGUCAUCUGAUCUGCCUCGUGUCUAGUGAUGCUUCGCUUAUGUAUUCAUCAAUUGUUUCUUCAUGGAA